ACCAAAGUGACGUUUUAAACUAAACAUCAGGAAGAAAGAUGGAUGUUCCACAAAAGCGAAAGCGCGUCAGUCACGAAAAAACAAACUCAAAGCUGUUUAAUAGUCAACCGACUCCAUCAACAAACACAAAUGAAGAAGGUUUCGUGGAGGGCUCGAUAGUUCGCAUUGCCAUGGACAACUUCCUCACGUAUGACCACUCGGAGGUUUUCCCCGGACCCAAACUAAACAUGAUAGUGGGAGCUAAUGGCACCGGCAAAUCCAGCAUAGUGUGUGCUAUCUGCCUGGGGCUGGCAGGUAAAACAGCAGUCCUGGGCAGAGGAGACAAGGUUGGUCUGUAUGUGAAGCGAGGAUGUAAUAAAGGCAAGGUUGAGAUUGAGCUGUACAGGGCAUGUGGAAACCUGAUCAUAACCAGAGAGAUCCAGGUUGAGAACAACCAGUCGACGUGGAUGAUCAAUAAAAAGCACUCUAGUCAGAAGGCCGUGGAGGAGGCGGUGAGAGAGCUGCAUAUUCAAGUUGGGAACUUGUGUCAGUUCCUUCCACAGGAGAAAGUUGGUGAGUUUGCUAAGAUGAGCAAGAUCGAGCUUCUUGAAGCCACUGAGAAAUCAGUCGGCCCACCAGAAAUGUAUGAGUUCCACUGCGAGCUCAAGACGUUUCGCAGCAAGGAGAGGGAACUGGAGAACACGUGUAAGGAGAAAGCCAACUUUCUAGAGAAGGCCAGACAGAGAAACGAGAGGAACAAACUGGAUGUAGAGCGCUACUACAUGAAGAAAAGACACUUGGACCGGAUCCAGAUGCUGGAGAAGAAAAAACCAUGGGUGGAGUAUGAAACGGCACGAAAGCAGCUCGAGGGAGUAAAGAAGGAGAGAGACGAAAUGAAAACAACACUCAAGUCAUUGAAAGAAGCUCAGCAGCCGCUGCUCAGAAAGAUUCGCUCGGUGGAGAGUCAGCUUCAGCCCAUUGAACAGCAGAUGAAGGAAAUGACUAACGGCAUCAAAGAGGCGUCACAGAAGUGUAAGCAAAAACAGGAUCGGCUUGAAUUGAAGAACAAAGUGGUUGAUGACAUCAGACAGGAACUCAGUUUAAAGCAGACAGAAGAGGCAGACCGGCAGAAGCGCAUCGGACACACAGUUCUCAUGAUCAAAGACCUUCAGAAGGAACUUCACAACGUUGGCAGUCAGGAGGACGUUACUCCUCAGAUCGAGGCCAUCAAUGUCGAUCUAAAGGCCAUUCAGGAAGCAAAGGCCCAGCUGGAAAGCGAAAACUUAGACCUGCGCAGAGAAAAGGAUGAAGCCUUUGGAGAACUUAAUCGUUUGCAGAAUCGAAUGAGGAGUCUAGAUGACAUGAUGAGGAUGAAAGAAGAGAAGCUGCGCACCCGCUUCCGUGACACAUACACCGCUCUCAUGUGGCUGAGAAAGAACAAGAAUCUCUUUCAAGGCAAUGUCUAUGAGCCCAUGAUGCUGGUGAUAAAUGUACGUGAUCCACGGUAUGCCAGAUAUGUUGAGAGCCACAUUCCUGUCAACGACUUGAGAGCUUUCGUCUUCCAGAAGCAAGAGGACAUGGAGACGUUCAUGACUGAGGUCCGAGACACACAGAAUUUGAGGGUUAACAGUGUGAUUGCUCCUCCAGAUUCAUGCUCGAAUCGGCUGCCAUCACGACCCCUUGAUACGUUAAGGCGUUACGGCUUCUUCUCAUACCUCCGUGAGCUGUUUGACGCUCCCGAUGAGGUUAUGAGUUACCUUUGUCAUCAGUACCGAGUUAAUGAUGUGCCAGUGGGAACAGAGACUACCAAGAACAUGAUAGAAACGGUGAUUAGCGAGGCAAGGCUGAGGAUUAUCUACACCGCUGAGGAAAAGUACACAGUGAAGACCUCCUCUUACUCUAAUAAUGUGAUCUCCAGUAACUCCGCCCUACGCCCCUCUCAGUUCCUCACUGUGGCUAUAGAUACUGAGGAGAAACGACAACUGGAGGAACAUCUGAGGGUAGCUGAAGAGCGGGUUAGGAUUAUCGAUGAGCGAAUGAGAGCCAUUCGUGAGGAACUGACUAUUCUGAGUCGCCGUGAUAAUGAUCUGCGUGCAAAAAAAAAGCAACUGUCUGAGCUUAAAGGCAAGAAGAGAAACCUGGAGCAGAAGAUCAGCACAAAACAGGACAGUUUGAGGCAGAUGGAACAGAACAAGAUCAACUUGCAGGCGGUCGAAGAGGAAACAAAUGCAAAGAUCUCCGCUGUAAACAACGAGAAACUGGUCAUAAUGGCAGAGUAUCUGAGUCACAUGAAGACGAAGGCAAAGCUGAGUAUGGAGAAGGUGUAUUUGGCUCUUCAGAGCGCAGGUCUCGCUGCUGAGAAAACCAAACUGGAAACGGACUGCAGAGACAGUUCAGCGGAGCUCAAGCGAGCUGAGCUAGCGUAUACUAAGCUGGACCAAGUGAAGACCAACCUGUUGGCCACGUGUAAGACCCUGAUGAGAAGGGCCAGUGAGAUCUGCAACAUGACUCCUAAAGAGACGGCAGUCCCAGAAGAAUUACAUGCAGCGUUCAGCCAGUUGCCUGAUACUCUGGAUGAGAUUGAUGCCAUGUUGAAUGAGGAGAAGGCCAGAGCCGAGUGCUUCACUGGUCUCAGUGACAAUGUGGUGGAGGAAUAUAACCGCCGUGAGCAGGAGAUUAAGAACAUGGAGAGGGAGCUAGAUGAGAAGGCCAAUGCACUAAACACUUACAGACAAAACAUCGCUGAGGCUAAGGAGCGCUGGCUGAAUCCUCUGAAGCUGUUGGUCGAGCAGAUAAACGAGAGAUUCAGUGAUUUCUUCCGCUCAAUGCAGUGUGCUGGAGAGGUGGAUCUUCACUCCGAGAAUGAUGAGGAGUAUGAUAAGUACGGCAUCCGCAUCCGUGUGAAGUUUCGCAGUAGCACUCAGUUGCACGAGCUCACCCCUCACCAUCAGAGUGGAGGAGAGCGCAGUGUAUCCACGAUGCUGUACCUCAUGGCCCUGCAGGACCUUAACCUCUGUCCCUUUAGAGUGGUCGAUGAGAUCAAUCAGGGUAUGGACCCUGUGAAUGAGCGACGAGUGUUCGACAUUGUUGUGAGGACUGCUUGCGGCAUAAAUACAUCACAGUAUUUCUUCAUCACACCCAAGCUUCUACAGAACCUGCAGUACGCAGAGGAGAUGACCAUUCUGUGUGUGCACAACGGACCCUACAUGCUUCCUCCCAAUAAAUGGAACACCAAAGCCUUCAUCAGGCGAGCCAAACGUCGCCAACCUGUUCAUUAACAACACACAGGGGCUAAUAUUAAGCGGUAUUGUUCACUCUGGACUGUUUAAUGCUUUUUAAACAAUGUUGAGCUAUGCUGAGUAUAGCUAAAGUUGUUUUUGUUGGAUGAUCUAUUCAUCGUUUUUUUUUCUAAAUUUCAGAAUAUGCACUAAUCAGUCACUGGUGUUAAUUUUGAGCUUUGUUUAUUGCAGGACUGUAGUUAUUGGUUGUUUAAUCAAAGCUGUCGCAAUGUUGAGUAUAGCUAAAGUUGUUUGUAAAAUUUUCUAUUUACAUAGUCUUGACCCGAAACUACCUUAGCUUGAGCUGCAGUGAACUGCUGCUUUCGUUCAGUGUAAAUGUUUUUUGUGUAGAAUAAUAAACAUUGAGCUAAUGAAAACAA